CAAAAGAGUACUCAUAUCAAAGCUUCGAGACUACGGAUACCGCUGGAAGAAUACCAGAGCUCUCUGACGAGGAUAUCGCAUCGACUUGUAGACUCAAAAACUCCCGGCAAGGCCCCAGAAUCGCUCACAACAGAGCGACAAAUCGAUCUAGCAGCGCAUCCACCCAGCAAACAAGCCAACAUGUCAACCACCACAACUACCACGGCCAUGACAGCCGAUCAACUCCCUACACAAACCGGCACAACAGCCCAAGCCAUCGCCUCACUCCCACAUCCCACCUCCAAGCCCUACUCAUCCUCAAUCCUCCACGCCUCUCUGAAAUCCAACCCCUCGCAAAUUACCUCUGCCAAAGGCAACUACAUCACAACCACCACCGGCCAGAGAAUCUUCGACGCAACCGGCGGCGCGGCGGUCGCUUGUCUCGGCCACUCCCACCCUCGCGUCCGCGAAGCGAUCUUGAAGCAACUGGAUAGCGUGGCAUACGUCUAUUCGCCGUUCUUCUCCACCCCCUCAUCGGAAGCUCUGGCGAAGAAAUUGGUCGCUUCCACAGGUGGUGAGAUGACGAAGGCAUUCAUCGUCUCCUCGGGCACGGAGGCGGUUGAAGCGGCGUUGAAAUUGGCGAGGCAGUAUUUUCUUGAACUUCCCACUCCUCGGCCUGAGCGAACUAAUUUCAUCGCGAGGAAGCAGUCGUAUCAUGGGAAUACGCUUGGUGCGCUUGGAGUUGGGUCGCAUGUUGCGAGGAGGAAGAUGUAUGCUCCGUUGCUGAGCGGGAAUACUACGCAUGUUUCGCCGGCGCAUGUGUAUCGUGGUAUGCGGGAUGGAGAGGACGAGUCCGACUACGUCGCCCGCUUGUUGGAGGAAGUCGAAGACGAGUUCCAACGUCUUGGACCAGAUACGGUGUGUGGUGUGGUAGUCGAAACGAUGGCGGGCCUUACCCUUGGCGCCGUUCCUCCACCUCGGGGAUACAUCUCUGGCCUCAAGUCGCUUUGUGUCAAGUAUGGCGCUCUCCUCAUUCUCGAUGAGGUGAUGUGCGGUAUGGGACGUACAGGCUCUCUUCACGCCUGGCAACAGGAAGAGGGCGAUGCCGUUCCGCAUUUACAGACUGUCGCUAAAGGACUGGGAGCUGGAUAUCAACCUAUUGGAGCGUUGCUUGUGAAUAGGAGCGUUGUUGAGGUGCUUGAAAAGGGCACGGGAAGUUUUGUGCACAGCCAGACGUAUCAGGGACAUCCGGUAGCCUGCGCAGCGGCGUUGGAAGUGCAGAGCGUCAUCGAAGAAGAAGAACUAGUCGAGAACGUCAAAAAUCUGGGAGCGUACUUGGGCAGCGAACUCAAGCGGCGUCUCGAAGCCCACCCUAAUGUCGGCGAUGUUAGAGGCAGAGGGUUUCUGUGGGGCAUCGAAUUCGUACAAAACAAACAGACGAAACAACCCUUCCCCGCCUCUCGAAAGUUGGCCGCACAACUCCACGCGGUCGGCAUGAGUCCAGGCUUCGACAUCUCCCUGCUACCCGGCGGAGGCGUGGCGGAUGGAACAGAUGGCGAUGUGAUCGUUGUGGCGCCGGCGUACAAUUGUUCGAGGGAGGAUGUGGACUUCAUUGUGGAGAAGAUGGUCAAGGUUGUUGAGGAGGUUUUGGGACCAGUUUGA